UUUUUUUUGUAUGUGACAGGGAAGAUGUUCCCGAUGACAGCGCUGUUGCUAAAGUCUUUCGGGAGUCAGCGAAAGACAACCAACCUUGCGAUGAGCAGUGGGCCGCCACUUCAUCAGCAAGUUCUAGAGAGCCUGGCAGAGCCAUCUCAAUGCACAUAUCCAGAGACAUGGUGGGGGAAAGCACUCACAUGCAGCUGAUAUUCGUCGAAGGAACGACGCUGGAUGAGAUUUGUGUGUUAUCACGGGAUUACAAAAACCUGGUUCCCGUGAGAUCAGUGAACGGCAGGAUGACUCUGAUGGAUCUCACAGCUCCAUUCCUGUUCUCUGGAGACAAAAGAUAUUACGGGUGUAAGCAGUGUUCUCUGAACACAUUUCAAAACCCUGUGUUUGCUGGAGUGGAGACGUGGGAUGAACAGGCAGUCGCUGAAGCUCUGGGAGUUCAGCUAAUGCAGUACAGAUUGUUAAUCCAGUUUGAACUGGAGGACCAGACCGACACAUUAGAGGCUCUGCUGUGGGAAAACGCUGAGAGGUUCUUCCAUGUUUCUGCUGUAGAUGCUUCAGGCAGUCAGGAUUUGCAGGACAAGAUUCAGACCAUCAUGGACACAAUUCAACCACCAGACAGCAGUUUGGAGGAGCGUCCAUGGCUGGAUCUUUGUGUCUCUGUCUACACUGUAAAGGACAACGACAGAAAUAGAGUUUGCUAUCAGAUCACUAACACCGAAAUUAAAGAAGAAUAGAGAAGUUAUGGACAUUUUGAUUAAAAGUAAAGAAAUCAUACAUGACCACCUGUGAUGAACAAGAAA